AUAUCAAUAUAAUUAUGGCAACUGAGAUGAAAGAUAAUUUAAUAGGUAUACAUGAAAAAGAAAAUAGUAAUCCACGUGCUAUAUUUUACAAAAAACCUAUUAAAAAAGACAAUUAUAAUUUAGAUGUGGAUAAUAUUGAUACUUCUCAAGAAAUAAGACGCCGACGGUUAUUACAAUUUCAAAAAAAAUGUAGAGACAUAGCAUUUAAUGUUGGAAGAGGAAUAUUGGAAGAAGCAUUUAACUCUGAAGAAGAUGAAUGUGAAGAAGAAUUAGAAAUUGAGGAAACAAAUAAAAAAGGCUAUCACUCUUUUAAACGCCAAUUUAAUCAAACAAAAUAUUAUGCAAAUCAAUUAAUGAUGUCUGAAUGGAUGUUGGAAGUACCUCAAGAUCUUUUAGGAAAAUGGAUUAUAGUUCCUUGUCCUCAAGGGAAAAGAACUCUAGUUGUUGCAUGUAAAGGUGUAACUAAAGCAUAUAAUAAACGAGGUAAUCGCCUUGGUAAAUUCUAUUCUGCACUUCCUGGUGGUAAUCCAUCUGAACAUAGAAGUAGUUGUACCAUUGUUGAUUGUUUAUGGAUAAAACAACAAAAGAUAUAUUAUAUUUUAGAUGUACUUGCAUGGUCUAAUCAAUCAUUGAUGAAUUGUGAUACUGAAUUUAGAUUUUUUUGGUUAAAGUCAAAAUUACAAGAAAUCGAAGAAUUACACAAAAGGAAUACAUAUAAAAAUAGUUUUCCCAUGUUAUCUUUACCAAAUAUCAGUUGUGAUACUGAUAUAAGUUUAUCAUUAGCAAAUCUUCCAAAUUUGUAUCCCUUAGAUGGUUUACUAUUUUAUCAUAAAGAUGGACAAUAUACUAAAGGUCGUACUCCACUUGUAACAUGGUUAAAACCUUUUAUGUUAUCAGAAGUACUUGGUGUUUCUGUACCACCACCACUUGAUGAACAACCUGAUGGGUAUAUAGAUUUUGUACAUUACAUUCUUAAUUGUCGUGCUAAAAAAAGAAAAGAAGAAUCAGAAAGUCAAAUGGAUAUUGCAGAUGAGAAUUCCUAAAAUUUUACUUUAUUUUAUUUAUAUAAACGAACUUCUUAAGGAAGUGAAUUAUAAUUGACAUAUUGAAGAUGUUAAUAAUACUUAUAUUUUAUGAAUGUAACUUUUGUGUUGUACAAAUUUACUGGUAAUAGUAUUUGAAAUCUAACAUUAAUAUUUUAUACAAUCUGUGAUAUUUAAAAAAAUUAUACCAAAUCUAAAUAAAUUUAUAAAACAUAUGAUGAUGAAAACUGCAUAUACUAAUUCAAAUUAUUAUGUUAAAAUUAAUAUUACAAUAAUUUAACAUCAAUAAUUUAAAAUAUAUUAUACAGAUUACAUCU